AUGAAGACUCGCGCGGAGGCCGGCCACGAUGGCGCGAGUGGUUUCGCCGCACGCAUGACAAGAUCCUCCGCAUGCUCCUCUGCCGUUUCGAUCGCUCGCAAACCGACCAAGCUCACGACGGGGCCUUCGCCAGCGGAGAACGAAGCAGCUCCCGCGCGAGCUCCCCGAUCGAGGAGAUGUUGGCACGCCGACGCCAAAGACGAGAGGCAAUCAUGCGACGUCCACGCAGAAGCUCAAACGAAGAGACGGCAUGAGAGGGCCAAAAAGAGCUACAGCAGGAUACACCGUGACAUGAUGGACACUCUCAAUUGCUCUUGCGACAGCAAAGCCACUGGCAACGACAGUAGUAGCGAUCGUGGACCAGCGCAAGGGCAGCAGAUGUGGAAGAGGAGCGGCAUUGUUGGCUGGAAAGCUGAACGGUGUUCCAAGGCGGACAGCAAGGCGAAGCAGAACCGGCAGCAGAAUGAGCGUGGACAGGGGAUGCACCGACAGCAAAGAUACAAGAGCAGGGCGACGUGGAAGGCAGACAUCGGAUACCUGGUUGGAUUUUGCACCAUCCCGGAGAUUAACACACACCGGGAUGCAAACAGCGCCGAGCAGCAGCAAGCUGGCCAAACCUCAUGCGCAUACCCACGGGCGAGGUCCAGUAGAAGGCCGGCGGUGACUGGCUACUCUACUGAGUGUGAGGCUGAGCAGAGAGCCAGGAGCAUGUCGAGAUGGACGGAUUCACAUUCCCCUGCUCCGGCAUCAUGCAUUAGGAGUGCGAUGAUGAAUUAG